AUGGUCGCACAUAGCCUGCCCUCUCCUCCUGCGGAGGAUAACAAAUCAUCCACUUCCACAUCUCCUUCCACACUAUCAAGAAAAGCCAGUGGCUCAAGUACAAAGCCCAUCAAGGCCAACCACCGAACGUCUAAGCGUGCUGGAUCAAAUGCAGCUUCCAUGCACCACCACGAGCAAGUUACACAUGGCAUGGAUGGAAGACAUAAGCGCUGUGACGGAGAAUUCCCGUGUAAGAGAUGUAAGGAUGAUGGCCUUGUCUGCACGGCCGGCGUGCGCAAGAAGAUGGAGUACAAGCAGCUGCCUCGAGGAUACGCCGAGGUUCUCGAAAACACCCAGUUCGCCCUCAUCUCCACCGUCCACAAGCUUUACCAGAUGGUCAGGACCAACCAGCAGUGGGACCUUGGCGAGCCCGAGCUCAACGACCGUGGCCAGCCCGUGAUCCAUAACAUUGCUCAGAAGCUCGGCUGCAUUCGACCUAAUAGCGACAUCGACCUGCCCGUCCACUCCGUCUUCCCCGAGAACGAGCGUGACUUGAAGGAGCUUGCUCAGCAGCUGCAUGAUCACCACAACAACGCCGAUACACAGAACAAGGACAGAGAUGUGGAGAUGGAGCGGGAGUCUCCCCUGCCGUACAGGCGCACCGACCGCGCCUCGUCUUCGGAACUGGACCACUCCGACAUCGAGCUCGACUACCGACGAGCCGCCUUCGGCAGCCACAACCACCCGAUCACCAUGUCGCCGCAGAGCUACGCCGGCAGCACCGACUUCGAGUUUAGCCAAUCCGGACAGCCUGACCUCGAUGCCACAGCCUCGCUCUUCACCUCGCAGUCUCCCUCAAUGAACGUGUUCCCCGAUUGGGCCAUGAAGACGGCCUCCAGCGACAUGGCGACGAUGCAGUUCUUCCAGCAGAGCGCGAUGCAGGACCUCAGCGGAAUGGGCCCUUCACUGAUGGACGGCGGCUACGAAACGAUUAAGCCUCAGAUUCUUUCGACUUCGAAUCACGGUGUCAUGAUGGGCAUAAACGACCCGACACUGUAUAAUGGUUACGAU